UGAAAAGCCCAAAUCGCUGAAAAGCCUCGUCUCAACUUCUGAUGCCUACAAACAACAAAAUAUACUGAUUUUAUAUAUUUAUUGUUAUGGAGAUUGAAAGAAUAUGGUCGCUGUAAGCUAUCAAUGUCUUCUUGAUAACAACCAUUAAUUAAUUCACCCUUUUGUUUUUCCUCAAAUUUAACCAUCCUAUCAAGAUCUUUCUUGCUGAGCCCGCAAUUUGCCGUUCAUGCCGACGCCUGUCACCGCUGCCAGGCAAUGCCUAACGCAGGAGGCAGCAGCAGUCCUCGACGAGGCUGUGGCGGUGGCACGACGCCGUGGCCACGCGCAGACGACGUCACUACACAUGGUGUCAUCGCUGCUGUCGCUUCCCAGUUCUUCUUUACGUGAAGCAUGCACGCGGACGCGAAACAAUGCUUACUCUGCGCGGGUUCAGUUCAAAGCUCUCGAGCUGUCUCUGAGCGUUUCGUUAGACCGGUUGCCCUCUUCGCAGGCGAGUAAAACUGAGGAGCCUCCGGUUUCGAAUUCUCUGAUGGCGGCCAUAAAAAGAUCGCAGGCUAACCAGAGAAGGCAGCCCGAGAACUUCACCUUUUACCAGCAACAGCAGCAGCAGUAUUCUUCUUCUGUUCCUGUUGUGAAAGUGGAGCUGCAGAAUUUGAUUCUCUCAAUUCUUGAUGACCCUUUGGUGAGUAGAGUUUUUGGGGAGGCGGGUUUCAGGAGCUGUGAUAUAAAGAUUGCUACACUGAGACCGGGGAAUAGUUAUCAUCCACACCAUCUGUUUGGUUAUUCUUCAAGGUACAAGCGGCCAAUCCCACCUUUGUUUUUGGGUAAUUUGACUAGUUGUGAGAGUUUCAGGGAGGUGGGGGGUAAGGGUUUUAGCUUUCCUUUUAUGGGUUGUUUUUCUGGGGAUGAGAAUUCAAGGAGGAUUGGUGAGAUUAUGUUGAGGGCCAAAAAGAGGAGCCCACUGCUUUUGGGGGUUUCUGCUGCUGAUGCCUUGAGAAGUUUCUUGGAAACAGUGCAACGGAAUAUUGAAGGUGUUCUGCCUGAGGGGCUAAGUGGGCUGAGUGUGGUUUGUGUUAAAGAUGAGAUUUUGAGGUACUUGAAUGGGGAUUGUGAUGAAGGGCAAUUGAAAUUGAGGUUUGUGGAGGUAGAGAAAAAGGUGGAGAGUGUUACGGGAGCCGGGGUGGUGGUGAAUUUUGGUGACUUGAAGGCUUUGGCUGGGGAUGAUGUUACUAUUGAUAGGUUGAGAUAUCUGGUGAGUAGUUUGGCUAGGUUGCUUGAGGUUCAUGGUAGAAAACUGUGGUUGAUUGGAGCGGCAGCUACGUAUGAAGUUUAUUUCAAGAUUUUGAACAAGUUGCCCACCGUUGAGGAAGACUGGGACCUAGAAGUUUUGCCUAUAACUUCCUUUAAGUUUUCUGUGGGAGGAUCACACCCCAGAUCCCGCUUGAUGGAGUCCUUUGUUCCACUGGGAGGGUUUUUCUCAAUGCCACCCGAGACGAAAAGUCCCUCAUCCAACGCAUGUCAAUAUGUGGUCCGCUGUCACCUAUGCAAUGAGAAGUACGAGCAAGAAGUAGCUGCACUUUCAAAAGGAGGAGCUUCUGCUUCCGUUGCAGAAGAGUAUCCGUAA